AUGGCGUCAACGAAAACACUUGGUCAGCUUUCAUUGAUAGAACUUAGACGAGAACUUAGAUGCAGAGAGCUGAAGGUAAGCGGCAACAAAGAGGCGCUCAUGGAGCGUCUGAAGCAAAGCAUCAUAGAUGAUGAACAGGAUCCGGACACCUAUUUAUUUGAAAUAGAACCCGAUACGGGGGAGAUUUGGAAAUCGAUGAAAGAGCAAAUAAAGGAAGACCUGAAAUUGGUGAAGGAUGAACUUAAAAAUGAAUUAGGUAAUAAACUUAGCUCUAUGGAAUCCGUUGUGUUUGGAUUGAAAAAGGAUAUGGACGAUUACAAAUAA